CUGCAGAAAACCCAGUAUCUGCAACUGGGGCAGAGUCGUGGCCAGUACUACGGUGGCUCGCUGCCGAAUGUGAAUCAGAUUGGAAACAGCGCUAUGGAUCUGCCCUUCCAGCACAACGGAGCUCUGGCAGAAGCCUUUGGAGCAGUUCCUGUCUCGUUGACUCCCUUUCAGUCGUCAGGACUGGACACGAGCAGAACAACUCGGCAUCACGGUCUGGUGGACAGAGUGUAUCGUGACAGAAACCGGCUCGGCUCCCCGCACCGACGCCCUCUCUCUGUGGAUAAACAUGGAAGACAAGUGGACAGCUGUCCCUAUGGCACUGUGUACCUGUCACCUCCGUCAGACACAAGCUGGAGAAGGACAAAUUCCGAUUCUGCAUUGCACCAGAGUACUAUGACUCCAGCUCAACAAGAAUCCUUUUCAGGAGGGUCGCAGGACAUGCAGCAGAAAAGAGUUUUGUUACUGACUGUCCCUGGAAUGGAGGACACCACCUCUGAGGCAGACAAAACCCUCUCUAAGCAAGGAUGGGACACUAAAAAGACUGGGUCAUCAAGACCUAAAUCAUGUGAAGUUCCAGGAAUCAACAUCUUUCCAUCAGCUGACCAGGAAAACACUACAACACUGAUUCCUGCUACGCAUAACACAGGUGGCUCCCUGCCAGACCUGACAAACAUCCAUUUCCCUUCCCCUCUCCCAACACCGUUAGAUCCUGAGGAAUCCACAUUCCCAGCGCUGAGUAGCUCCAAUAGUACCGGAAAUCUUGCUGCCAACCUGACUCACUUGGGCAUCAGCACUGCCAAUCAGGGAAUGACGACGACGCCAGCCCCUUCCCAGCAGCACCGCCAGCCCUCCUUGAGCGCAGACUCCAGGCGACCCCAGUCACAGCAGAUGUCUCCUACACUUUCCCCUUUGUCACCAAUUACUCAGGCCGUGGCUAUGGAUGCAUUGUCUCUGGAGCAGCAGCUUCCCCCAUACCCAUUUUUUACCCAGACAACUUCCCAGCAACAGCAGCAGACCCAGGUGGCAAGUACCCUGCCUCAGAACACUCCUUUAAUGCAGAGCUCUGGUUUACAGCGAGGAACACAGCUCCCCCCACUCUCCGUCACGGUACCUUCCACCAUCCCGCAGUCACCUCCGGGCAGCCAGACCCAGCCAUCCAUGGGAAUAGACAUCAACUCGGCUUCACUCCAGCAGUACCGCAGUAAUGCUGGAUCCCCAGCCAACCAGUCUCCCACCUCUCCUGUCUCCAAUCAAGGCUUCUCUCCUGGCAGCUCCCCUCAACAUUCUUCCAUUCUGGGGAGUGUAUUUGGUGACUCCUAUUAUGAUCAGCAGAUGACAGCUAGGCAGGCUAAUGCCCUAUCCCAUCAGGCAGCGAUGAUGGGGCUGACGGGCAGCCACGGCAGCUUGCAGGACUCCCAGCAGCUGAACUACUCCAGCCAUGGAAACAUCCCCAACAUCAUUCUUACAGUGACAGGAGAAUCUCCUCCCAGCUUAUCAAAAGAACUGACCAGCUCUUUGGCGGGAGUGGGAGACGUCAGCUUUGAUACAGAUUCCCAGUUUCCUCUGGAUGAACUCAAAAUUGACCCUUUAACCCUGGAUGGACUGCACAUGCUGAACGACCCAGACAUGGUCCUC